CUGUGACAUAAUCAGCGCACAUAAUUGCAGCAUAUUUUAUUGCAUAGAAGACUUUGCACCCAACUAAAGCAAUUUUAUGACGAACAAAUUAAUGAAUCGAAUAGUUUAAUGUAGAAAAAAAUCAAAAUACCUCAACGGAACUAUUGCGCGCAUACAUUUUUCCGACCUUUCUUUCGCAUUGCAUAUUAAAGAGUCAAUGGGCGCUGGCCACCGCCGCAAAUGGUCACCUACACAAGUUUAUUGGUAGUAAUUAGCGCCACAAUGGAAUUGGUUGGGUCGAAAGUGAAAUGUCCGCCAGUCAGUGGGUGGUUGAGUCAUUUUGGGCAACGUAACUAUAUUUUCAUAUAAAUUGGCGCAUCAAAUAUUAAUAAUUCAUUAGCAAGGUAACAUUUGCAUAGACAAGUGGGCACUUUGGUAAGCAACCAGUAAACUUUAAACUCUAAGAAAAAUUAAGUAAAAUGGCGCACAUGAAAAUUGCUUUUGCUUUGCUAGGCAUGGCUGCAUUGACCAUCGCUAAGCCAUCACAUCCUUUUGCGCUGCACACAGCCAUACCAGAUCAUUUCGAUUUUGCACCACCUGUACUGCCGCCUACGCAGUUCCAUGCCGCUGCACCCGCUCCUGAACCCUGGUUGCCCGCACCGCAUUUCCAUGCCGCUGCACCCGUUCCUGAACCCUGGUUGCCCGCACCGCAUUUCCAUGCCGCUGCACCUGUUCCUGAACCCUGGCUGCCCGCGCCACAUUUCCAUGCCGCUGCUCCGGCACCUCUACUGCCUGCACCUACGCCAUUCUUCGCUCCAGCGCCAUUUUUCCCAGCACCAGCCCCAGUUCUUCCCGCUCCUGCACCCAUUCUCCCAGCUCCUGCACCCGUUCUACCAGCUCCUCUUUUGCCCGCUCCCGUAGUACAUCAUCAUCAUCAUGUUGUGCCUGCCCCCCUGCCAGUACCGGUUCUCGCCCCACCAGUGCUGGAACCUGCACCAUUCAUUGCUCCCACAUACCGCGCCAUUCCGGGCCCUAAGACCACCACACAUCAUGUAUCGGUCGGUUAUGCCUUCCCUACAGCUCAUGUGGCCAAAAUUGUAGGCCACCAUCAUCAUCAUCACUCACUCUUCUAACUUCCUUUGGUACAAAGAAUAAAGGAUUAGUUAGAGGCAAAAGGAUGCUACUUUCGCGCGAAGUCAAAAGCAAACGUUAC